AUGGAACUAAGGAUAGCGAAGUAUGUAUGUAUAAUGAAAACCCGAGCAAUCACAGGAACAGCCAACGGCUUGGAUCUUUCCCUUUCGGGCAAGCACUCGAACACAUACAAUACUCUCGACUUCGGCCUCCUGUCCGGCCAACUUGCCUCUCCCCCUUUGGCCGCCUCCUCCACUUCCGCCUUCACCUGUGUCGUCAGAUCGCAGACUGGUCAACAUGUCUCCUCGGCCGGACUGUCGGCAUCCACGCCUUCUCCAACCCCACCACCGUUGCCAUCCUCUCUACAUUCCACCUCGCCCGACUGUCAACUCCCAGCAGCUCUGCUGGCCGCAGCCUGUUCCUCUCCUCUCGAGUCGGCCAGCGCUGUCGGCCUCGGUGUCAUGCAACAACAGCCUCAUCAUCAUCAUCAUCAUCAUCAUCAUCACCACCAUCAACAGCACCAGCAACAGCAUCAGACAUCUUCUGCUCCGCAGGGCUCGGACAGUCCGCUGGCCAGGCAUUCGCCACUACAGGCGGCUGCAUCCCUGUCCCAUUUUGCCUCGACCAUCUACCGGCCUUGCUCAUCUCCGCCCCCCUCCCCGACCGCCUCUUCGCUGCCACUCGCUGGCCUGCAUGUGACUCCCACUCAACAUUCCCAAUCCCCUUCUCCUUCUUCCUCCUCCUCCUCCUCAUCCGCCUCCUCCGCCUCCUCCUGCCUCCCCAAUGGCGCCCCAUUCAACAGCACCCCGAACCAUCGUCUCUCAGAUUGGUCAACUUCAGCUUCAUUUCCCAAUCGCCUGCACUCGAUCACCUCAGCCGUCGUCUCAUUGGCCACCUCUCUG